UGUGAACUUCACGUACUUGCCCAGUCCUUUUUGAAUUAUAGGUUGGAUCACGCGCGGCAACUCAACACAGCCCUGCUAUUCCCGAGUUGCAUCAAAAGCGCUUGACCCUUUCCCCUGACUCCUUCUCAGCGAACCUGUCAUUCGCCUGGAAGGGUGUGGACGACCAAAAAAUGCAGUCGGAGGAUUACGCUCAGUCGCGGUCUCAACUGCCACCCGUCUACCAGCCGUAUCCGCCACCACCAGCGCAAGCACAAGCACAAGCACAAACACAGCCCAAUCAUCAGCAUUACCAACAACAGGCGCAGUCGCAGGCGCAGGCAUCAUCAGCAGCAGCGAGCGGCACUUCCCAGCCACCCAACAUCCGACCGCGACUCGAAACUGCGCGGAGCAAUGCAGAUCGGUUGCGCGUGCGCCAGCCAGAUGGGAAGGCAUACAAUCUGCGCGUACCGCCGCAACAGCUCCUGUCGCUGGGCGUGGGAGUGCCGCUCUUCUUUGAGUUUCUGUGGUUUUGCAUUGUGCUUGGCACCUGCGUCACGCUCUUCUACUCAAUCCCGAUGGUCGUGCUCAACAUUCAGGGAUCAUGGGCGGACAUUGACCAUGGGCUGGGCGGCGGAACCUGGAACAUUCGCAACUGCUCCAACACGUCGAAUCCCGUCAGUCUCGUCACAUCCAGUUUUAGUCCUGCGGCGUCAAACUACCAUCUGGUAGACUCGGACUCUACCAGCACCAAUGAGACGGAACUCGAGGCAGCGUACAACUGGUUCCUGGGCCACCGCUCCCUCGCGCCAGGCGCCGGCUAUGUCGUCAUUGAGCUCGUGAUGCUCAUCAUGGUCCUCAAGCUCGUGGUGGUGUGGCGCCGACGCAUUUCCGUGCGCGCGACCGUGUUUGCACGGGAGAUGCUCACUGCACGCCACUACACUGUGAUGGUGUCGGGCCUGGAACGCAACUGCACCAACACGGAAGAACUCGCCCAGCACUUUGCGCAGUGGGGGCCCAUUGCGCACGUUUCCAUUUCGCUCGACUCGAUGCGAGUCAUGCAUCUCAUGCAAAAGCACAAGGAGAUGAGCGUCGAACUGGGCUCGGCGUUGGCUCGCGAAGCUGCGCAAAGGAAUGGCACCUCCGACCCGGUUGCGCAGAGCGGGCUUCUUUCGCAGAUUCUGUGUGCCUUCCGAUCGCUGACGCACCGCGAGUCUCGCCAAGUGCGCGAAGAGCUGGCCGCCAUCGAUGCCAAGAUUGAAGAACUCAAGCAUCGGCGCGUCUUCCAUUGCACCGGAUACGCCUUCGUCACCUUCCGCAGCGCGGAUAGCGCGCUUUGCUGCCUCAUCGACCACAUGCAAAAGCCUAUUUGGGUGCGAUUCAAAGACUGGGUUGCCACGAGCUGGCUGUUUCGAGCGUACAGCCCUGCUGCCCCCUCCGCGUCGGCGUUGGCGUCGUCGUCGUCGUCAUCCGCCCACAACGAAGCCAGCCUGGCGUCAAAGGCUCCGCUUCUAACGAGAGGUAGCAGUUCGAGCCUGUCCGGCGGUCCCUACGCAAACAUGCACGAAGGACUCAUGUCCCCGCCGUCGUCGAACGCGCGCACCUCCGCUGAUCGCAGCUCUGCAGCGUACGCACUCCCGACAGCCAACAUUUUCGGCUUCAAACCAUCGCGCUUUGUCUUUCGCUCGACCCUGCGGCCAAAGCUGGAAGCCCCGCCGGAACCGUCCGACAUUAUCUGGGAAAACCUCCACAUCACGCUGUUUCAGCGCCUCUUGCGCAACUCGGUGACCUCCUUGCUGUGCGGGAUUGUGGUGCUGGCCGGCUUUGCGAGCGUCACCUCCCUGCUGUACUUUGAGCUCACAGAUGAUCACAAGUCGCACGUCGACCUGGGCGGCGUGGGCUCGAAGGUAAUCAACGCGCUCGUCGUCACCUUUGUCAACUGGGUGCUGGCCACGGUCGUCACCGCCUUGGGUCGCUGGGAACGCCAUCACACCUACUCUGGCUUCCAGAACACUGCCUUGGCCAAGCUCCUACUGGCCGGCUACGUCAAUUCCGGCUAUUCGAUUCUUGCCGCCUACUUGAUUGUGAGCGAAUGGGGCACCCACAACAGCCGUCGCCAGUUUGGAUCCAUCUUUUGGUACUCGAGCAGCGGGCAGCUGUCGGCUGCGUUGACGGCCAUCAUCUCCAACGCCGUGUUCAACUCGCUCAUCCAGUUUGUCAUGCCAGUGACACGGAUGCGCGAAUUUUUGGCGACGAGAACAGCGCUGACGCAAACCGAGCUGGACAAACGGAUGGCGCCUCGCGAAAUCAUGUUUGCCGCUCGCUAUGUCAACGCCAUUGUGAACAUGUCGGUCGCAAUGCUGUACGCAUUCCAAAUGCCGCUGGCGCCGCUCAUUGCCGUGUUCGCCGUGGGUCUGCAAUAUUGGGUCGACAAACGCAACCUGUUGCGCAUCCACAAGCGCCCUCCCCGGAUUGACCACCGCCUGUCGCUCCGCGCCCUCCAGUACAUCCCGUGGUGCAUCUACUUUCACGUCGUGCUGGGCGGCCUGGCGUUUGUCCUCGGACCGUGGUGCGGCAACGGCGAUGAUCUGCGCUUGAUUCUUCCCCAGCUGGGUGAAAUCAGCUUUACCUGGGCUUGGAUUUGGCUCAUGUCUGGGAUUGGCCUGCUGGCGGGAAUCAUUCGCUAUGUUCCUUGGAAGCGCUUCUUCCGCUGGAUUACCUGCUCUUGCUGCGGCCUAGCCAGCGGCAGGGGCGGCUCUGGGGACUCCUACGCAAACGACAUGACCGGACUGUCUGGACGGACGAUGCGGCGCUCUCGUGCCAGCUGGCCGAGCUCUCGGGACAGUGAGCCAUUGCUGCAAACCCAGCCACCCUCCGUCUCUCGCGCGUACCUAGUCCCAGCGCUCAGUCCGUACGAGAGCUCUGCGACCGAAGCAGACCACGCGACCAACCGAGGAGGCCAGGGGCCGCUGUUGGCGCAGGAUGUCCUUGCAGAUCCUUCCGUUACGCCCAGUCUCAAGCAAUUGGUGAGCGACGCCGUGAUUCGUCCGCCAUACGAGGUCAUUGUUGGCUCGCUCGAGGAGGAGUACCGGCCUCCAAUUGCCGUGGAUGACGUUGUUUUGCGCGAGACGCGAACCACCCUUGAAAUGUACUACGAGCUGCUGCGCGGCAAGUCGCAGACGCUGGUGCAAGCAUUCAGCGGCAGAACGGCCGACACUGUCUUGUCAAGCCCGCGCCGCCUCACUGUGGAUCGCAUUGCCGCAGCUUUCUCGCCGUCGGUGGCCGCAACCUCCUCGUCAGUCAACCUGAACACCUCGAGCAUCUCCACCACCUCCUCUGUCUCUGGCGGAAGCAGCUACAUUAACGUUAGCAGCGGCAGCGGCGGGGCCAGCCUCGUAUCACACGUGCCCUCGUCGCCGCACUCACUCACGCCCCGCCACCGUCGAUCUGGCAGCAUCAGCAGCGUCUCGUCAACCGUCUCUGGCGUCUCCAAUGUUUCCAACAUCCCCUCCCAGUCGAGCAGCAUUGCAGCCAUGAUUGCCGCGGCCAACGGCCUGGAAGACGAGGAGCAGCAGCAAGACCAAAUGUUGCGAUCUACCACGUCGUGGUCUAAGGGUGUGUUGCCGCGUGAUGAGUCGCGGAUGUGA